AGAGCAGAUUUGACCUCUGAUAAAGAUUUAUACCUGGACAACAGCUCUGUUGAAGAGGCAUCAGGCGUCUAUCCCAUUGAUGAUGAUGAUUAUUCUUCUGGGUCGGGUUCAGGUGCUGAGGAAGAUGAGGAUAGCGCAGUGACAACGACGUCCAGAAUAGUUCCAAAGUUACCAACAACUAGUGAUGCAUCUAGAGCUGAGACCACCACAGUGAAAAUGCAGACCAAGAUGCCUGCACAAACAAAGUCACCUGAAGAAAUCGAUAAGGAAGAAAGACCCGAUGUGGAUUCCAAGAAAAAGAGCAAUGAGCCAGGGGAUGACACUGAUGUGUUCACUGAAAAGCAUUCAGAAAACCUCUUCCAGAGGACAGAAGUUCUUGCAGCUGUUAUUGCUGGCGGAGUUAUUGGAUUUCUGUUUGCAAUCUUCCUCAUCCUGCUGCUGGUAUAUCGCAUGAGAAAGAAGGAUGAAGGCAGUUACGACCUUGGUGAACGUAAACCAUCUAGUGCUGCCUAUCAGAAGGCACCUACUAAGGAGUUUUAUGCAUAAAAUUCCUAUUUA